CCGGGCCCGCCUCCCAGCCAGCAGAGCCGCGCCGGCCCCAGCGGUGAUGAAAGCGGCGGCCGAGUCCAGGUCACGCCGAAGCCGUUGCCCUUUUAAGGGGGAGCCUUGAAACAGCGCCCGGGUUCCAUGUUUGCAUCCGCCUCGCGGGGAGGAAACUCCAUGUUGUAACAAAGUUUCCUCCGCGCCCCCUCCCUCCCCCUCCCCCUUAGAACCUGGCUCCCCUCCCCUCCGAAGCUCGCGGGGAUCCCUCCCUCCCACCCCUCCCCUCCCCCCCGCGCCCCGAUUCCGGCCCGAGCCGGGGGGGAGGCCGGGCGCCCGGGCCAGAGUCCGGCCGGAGCGGAGCGCGCCCGGCCCCAUGGACAGCUCGGCCGUCAUUACUCAGAUCACCAAGGAGGAGGCGCGGGGCCCGCUACGGGGCAAAGGUGACCAGAAGUCAGCAGCUUCUCAGAAGCCCCGGAGCCGGGGCAUCCUCCACUCGCUCUUCUGCUGCGUCUGCCGGGACGAUGGGGACGCCCUGCCCGCCCACAGUGGGGCGCCCCUGCUGGUGGAGGAGAACGGCGCUGUCCCCAAGCAGACCCCAGUCCAGUACCUGCUCCCAGAGGCCAAGGCCCAGGACGUGGACAAGAUCUGUGUGGUCAUCGACCUGGAUGAGACCCUGGUGCACAGCUCCUUCAAGCCAGUGAACAACGCCGACUUCAUCAUCCCUGUGGAGAUUGAUGGGGUGGUCCACCAGGUCUACGUGCUGAAGCGGCCCCAUGUGGAUGAGUUCCUGCAGCGAAUGGGCGAGCUCUUUGAGUGUGUGCUGUUCACCGCCAGCCUUGCCAAGUAUGCAGACCCAGUAGCUGAUCUACUGGACAAGUGGGGGGCCUUCCGGGCGCGGCUGUUUCGUGAGUCCUGCGUCUUCCACCGGGGCAAUUACGUGAAGGACCUGAGCCGGCUGGGCCGAGACCUGCGGCGGGUGCUCAUCCUAGACAACUCGCCCGCCUCCUACGUCUUCCAUCCAGACAAUGCCGUACCAGUGGCUUCCUGGUUUGACAACAUGAGUGACACAGAGCUCCACGACCUCCUGCCCUUCUUCGAGCAGCUCAGCCGCGUGGAUGACGUGUACUCAGUGCUCAGGCAGCCAAGGCCCGGCAGCUAGUGAGGCGCCCCGGGGGCCAGGACCUGCCCCUGACCGGUGCCCACGCCCCUCACACGUGGACUGUUCCUUAAGAAAACCCAGCGGCCACUGCCGCCACCUCAGCGUCAUGGGGAAGUGGGCCCUCCCCACCUGCCUGGCCAGGCUGUGAAAGGGGCAGCGGGCUGCACCAAGGGCAAUGAGCCCCUGGGUCCCUGUGUCAGUGCCUUAGAACCUCCUCCUUCUUCUUGGGGGACCUGUGGGACCCUGCGUGCAGCUCCCCCUUUUUCUCUCUCUCUGCUGCCAUGUUUCUCUGCUGCCAAAUCGGGCCCCUUGGCUCUUUCUGGUUCUGCUUGGGGGAGGGGCAGGGUUCUUGCUGCCCCAUGCCUUGGGCCCCCAGCCUGGGAACAGUGGACACCAAGUGCCUUGCAUAGAGCCCUUUUCCCUGCCCUGUUUUCCCAGGGCCACGAUCAGGUCAGCUCUUGCCCGGAACAGUCUCCAGAUUGCUGUAGUCUAGCCUGGCAGGGGAGGAACCAGUCUCCGCACCUCCUCCCUUGGGACUGACACAGACCCCCACCAAUCUCUGCCUAGGAGGGCAGGGAGGGAAGAUCUGUUACCACUUGUGAAGGGAGCAGGGUGCGUCCUACGGGACCCUGGAGUCCAGCUUCUCUAGGCUCAGCAGCAGCUGAAGGCUGCUCUCCACGCCAAGACCUGACCCCUCACAUCUGCCUUGACCACCCCAAGGCCCUGGGGCUUGGCUCCCCCAGCUCCUAGUGUGGGGGCAUAGGCAAGACCCCUUUGUGGUGCCAUAUAAAUAUGUAUAUGUGUAUAUAGUUUUAGGGGAAGGGGAGAGGGAAGGGCUGGGGUAGAGAUACCCCUCCUUCACCCCUUUCCUGGACCCAUAAACUGGGGGGAGGGAGGGAAAGGAUUUUUACAUUUUUUAAACUGCUAUUUUCUGAAUGAAACAGGCUGGGCCAAGAAGUCCCAAGCCCUGUCUUCUGUCCCUCACACCCUCUUUGCUCCAAUUAUUCAUUCAAAACACAUUAUUAGCACCUUCUCUGUGCCCAGCUCUGUGCUAGGCCCACCAGCUGAGUGUGUGGGGUCCCUGCACCUAAUCAGUGCCUCCCCACCCACUCCAUACUUCACCGGUGCCUUUAGGGGAGCUGUAGGAGGUGGGACCCUUCUUGUGGGGUUUGGGGGUCUCCAGGAAGCCUGGCCAAGCUGUCUCCCCUCCCCAGUGCCAACCCAUCCCCUGUCGAUCCCAGCCUCACCCCCUGCUGGCUGGGGGCAGCUCCCAGGACAUCCUGAUUUCCAGCUCUGACUUCUCUAUCUGGAACCCCUUCCCCCUAAAUGCUGAGUGUGGAGGUCAAGGCCUUGGGCUCUCCCCAAGGCCUAACGGUUAAGGGUCGGUUAAGGGGACCCACGUAGCAGUGCCAAGGGGGAUGUCAAAUGGAGAUGUCAUUGCCCCCCUCCCCUCAGAACUGGGGGUGGGAGGGAGGACAAGGUUGGCCUGAAUCGCGUGACCUUCCCAUUUAAGUGCCUUCUCUGACUGAAAGCCCCACACUAUGACAAGAACUAAAGAGAACGCCAGACCC